CCAACUCAAGCGUUUGGGGGGCCCUAUAAGUAGCCGGCGUUUGGCAAACCACUCUGUCACUUUCCUCAGAAGUCAACUCCGGACAAGAUGCGCGUCUACCUGGCCCUGCCGCUCCUGCUGCUGGGCAUCGGCCUCAGUUUGGCCCAGUACCAGUAUCAAGCGCCCCACCAAACCCUCGCCCAGCAAUUCGCCGACGUGGUGGAUGUGGUCGAUCCUGCAGAACAAUCUAUCAAAGCAGUGCGACCACCGAAGAGCCGCAAUCAGUGCACCGCCAAGCAGAACUGCUUCUGCGGCACUCCGAAUGUCAACCGUAUCGUGGGCGGCCAGCAGGUGCGCUCCAACAAGUAUCCUUGGACCGCCCAAUUGGUAAAGGGUCGUCAUUAUCCCCGCCUCUUCUGCGGCGGUUCCCUAAUCAAUGAUCGCUAUGUGCUGACCGCCGCCCAUUGUGUGCAUGGGAACAGGGAUCAGAUCACCAUUCGCCUGCUCCAGAUCGACAGAUCCUCCCGGGAUCCCGGCAUUGUGCGCAAGGUCGUCCAGACCACUGUGCAUCCUAACUACGAUCCCAACCGGAUUGUCAACGAUGUGGCGCUGCUCAAGCUGGAGUCCCCUGUUCCACUGACUGGAAACAUGCGUCCAGUCUGUCUGCCCGAGGCCAAUCAUAACUUUGAUGGCAAGACCGUGAGUACAAGUCUUGAUUUAUGUGCUAAACUGUAUUUCCUUUUAUGUAGGCCUGAAUAGAAGUUUUCAGGGCGUACAUAAAAUAUUUACGAGCCUAUAAGGAAAACAUCUAAAUCUGAAUGUUCUUAGUCGAGUCAAUCAAGACAUUCGAAAUUUAUGACUAAAAAUCUGACCAUUAUUUAGACCUAGUAUUAGCAGUAAUAUUAUUAGUAGUUAAUAGUUAUAGAUAUUUAAAGCAUAGUCACUGACUUCUAAAUCCCUUCCAGGCUGUGGUUGCUGGCUGGGGUUUGAUCAAGGAGGGCGGCGUCACCUCCAACUAUCUGCAGGAGGUCAAUGUGCCCGUCAUCACCAACGCGCAGUGUCGCCAGACGCGCUACAAGGACAAGAUUGCCGAGGUGAUGCUCUGCGCCGGAUUGGUGCAGCAGGGUGGCAAGGACGCCUGCCAGGGCGACAGUGGUGGCCCACUGAUCGUCAACGAGGGUCGCUACAAGCUGGCCGGCGUGGUGUCCUUCGGCUACGGAUGUGCACAGAAGAAUGCGCCGGGUGUCUACGCCAGGGUGAGCAAGUUCCUGGACUGGAUCCGUAAGAACACCGCCGACGGCUGCUACUGCCAGAGUUAGAUCAUUUGGCUAAAAAAAAACUCAUUUCCUUGCCUCAUUCCUAAGUUAUUCUAAAUUAUUGAAAAAAGAAGUUCACAGCAAAUAAAUCCAUCAAAUGCUUU